AUGGCCGAAUUAUACCCUUCUUUAACUCAAUGCGCCCUUGUGGCUGCGGCAUUUAAGAUUCUCCUUUUCCCAGCAUACAAGUCCACUGAUUUUGAGGUACACCGUAAUUGGCUUGCCAUUACUCACUCGUUACCUGUCAAAGAGUGGUAUUACGAAAAAACCUCAGAAUGGACUCUGGAUUACCCACCUUUUUUUGCUGGCCUCGAGUGGCUGCUAUCAAAAGUGGCAUUUUAUGUCGACCCGCCAAUGUUGAUUGUCAACAACCUCAACUAUGAUUCCUGGCAGGCAAUAUAUUUCCAACGAAGCUCCGUGAUUGUAUUGGAACUCGUUUUGGUCUAUGCCCUGAACUGGUAUAUCAAGUCGGUUCCCAGCUCCAACAAACACCUGGCCCAUGCAGCCAGUCUCUCCAUCCUCCUUUCGCCAGGUUUGUUGAUUAUUGACCACAUCCACUUUCAAUACAACGGAUUCUUGUAUGGAUUUCUCAUUUUGUCCAUCGUGUUUGCUCAGAAGCAGUCCACACUCCUUUACAGCGGUAUAGCUUUUGCGAUUCUGCUGUGCCUGAAGCACAUAUACCUUUAUCUUUCGCUGGCAUACUUUGUGUAUCUCCUCAGAGCUUACUGCCUCGACCCAACAGCCGUAUUCCGCCCGCGAUUUGGCAAUAUUGUCAAACUUGGUCUCGCCGUCACUGUCAUCUUUGCAGUGGCAUUCGGACCCUUUGCAUACAUGGGCCAAUUGAACCAGAUUAAAGAAAGACUAUUCCCAUUCUCGAGAGGACUGUGCCAUGCAUACUGGGCUCCAAAUAUCUGGGCUAUGUAUUCGUUUAUUGACCGACUUCUUAUUCCUGUUGCGCCUCGUAUAGGCAUUCCUCUUAAUUCCGACGCUCUCGUGAGUGUAACAAGAGGGCUAGUUGGAGACACGUCAUUUGCUAUUCUGCCGGAGAUCAAAAAGGAACACACAUUCGCCCUCACCUUAUUUUUUCAGUUGGUUCCCCUUCUUAAACUAUGGUUCUACCCAACCUGGGAAAAUUUUGUAGGCUCUAUCACCCUUUGCGCCUACGCUGCCUUCCUUUUCGGAUGGCAUGUUCAUGAGAAGGCGAUCCUACUUGUCAUUCUGCCGUUCAGCCUUUUGGCACUCAAAGAUCUUCGCUAUCUUGGAGCCUUCCGCCCACUCGCCGUCGCGGGGCAUGUCUCGUUGUUCCCACUCAUUUUCACGGUGGCAGAAUUUCCGAUCAAGACAGUGUACACUGUCUUUUGGCUUGUAUUGUUUUUGUUUACCUUCGAGCGCCUGGCCCCUGUGCCGGCUCGCCCGAGGGUAUUCCUCCUUGAUAGGUUUUCUUUGCUGUACGAUUCAGUGUCGAUCCCCUUAGUUUUAUACUGCUCUCUUGUACAUGGAUGGGUUUUUGGGACCAGGAUGGAGUUCCUACCACUGAUGUUUACCAGCUCAUACGCAGCACUUGGAGUGCUAGGGAGUUGGGUUGGAUUUAUGUAG